AUGGCCGAGGAGGUGGAAACAUUCGCCUUCCAGGCGGAGAUCAACCAGCUGCUGUCGCUCAUCAUCAACACCUUCUACUCCAACAAGGAGAUCUUCCUGAGGGAGCUGAUUUCGAACUCCUCGGACGCCAUCGACAAGAUUCGCUACCAGAGCCUGACGGACAAGGCCGUGCUGGAGGGGCAGCCGGAGCUGUUCGUGCACAUCGUGCCCGACAAGGCCAACAACACGCUGUCCAUAAUAGACUCCGGGGUGGGCAUGACCAAGGCGGACCUCGUGAACAACCUGGGGACAAUCGCUCGCUCUGGGACCAAGGCCUUCAUGGAGGCCCUUUCCGCGGGCGCCGACGUGUCCAUGAUCGGGCAGUUCGGCGUGGGAUUCUACUCGGCCUACCUGGUGUCGGACAAGGUCACCGUUGUGACCAAGCACCAUGACGACGAGCAGUACAUCUGGGAGAGCCAAGCGGGGGGUUCCUUCACCGUGACGCGCGACACAACGGGAGAAUCUCUUGGUCGCGGCACCAAGAUCACGCUGCACUUGAAGGAGGACCAGCUGGAGUACCUGGAGGAGCGCCGCCUGAAGGAUUUGGUGAAGAAGCACUCGGAGUUCAUCUCCUACCCGAUUUCGCUGUGGACGGAGAAGACGACGGAGAAGGAGGUGUCGGACGACGAGGACGAAGAGGAUGAGGAGAAGGACGAGGAGAAGGUGGAGGAGGUGGAGGAGGGCGGCGAGGCCAAGGAGAAGAAAAAGAAGAAGGUGAAGGAGGUGCACCACGAGUGGAGCCUGGUCAACAAGCAAAAGCCGAUCUGGAUGCGCAGCCCCGACGAGAUCACCAAGGAGGAAUACGCGGCAUUCUACAAGUCGCUGACCAACGACUGGGAGGAGCACCUGCACGUGAAGCACUUCAGCGUGGAGGGCCAGCUGGAGUUCCGGUCGGUGCUGUUCGUGCCCAAGCGCGCGCCGUUCGACCUGUUCGACACCCGCAAGAAGCUGAACAACAUCAAGCUGUACGUGCGCCGCGUGUUCAUCAUGGACAACUGCGAGGAGCUGAUGCCGGAGUACCUCAACUUCGUGAAGGGCAUUGUGGAUUCUGAGGACCUGCCCCUGAACAUUUCCCGCGAGAUGCUGCAGCAGAACAAGAUCCUGAAGGUGAUCCGCAAGAACCUGGUGAAGAAGUGCCUGGAAAUGUUCAGCGAGGUGGCGGAGAACAAGGACGACUACGCCAAGUUGUAUGAGGCCUUCGCGAAGAACCUGAAGCUGGGCAUCCACGAGGACUCUCAAAACAGGGCCAAGCUGGCAGACCUCUUGCGCUACUACUCCACCAAGUCUGGCGACGAGUACACCUCCCUCAAGGACUACGUCACGCGGAUGAAGGAGAAUCAGAAGUCCAUCUACUACAUCACUGGCGAGACGCGCAAGGCUGUGGAGACAUCGCCCUUCAUCGAGGUGUUGAAGAAGAAGGGCUACGAGGUGCUGUUCAUGACGGACCCCAUCGAUGAGUACGCAGUGCAGCAGCUGAAGGAGUACGAGGGCAAGAGCCUGGUGUGCGUGACCAAGGAGGGCCUUAAGCUGGACGACGACGAAGAUGAGAAGAAGAAGCGGGAGGAGCUGGCUGCUCAGUUCGAGCCGCUGUGCAAGCUGAUGAAGGACAUCCUUGGCGACAAGGUCGAGAAGGUGGUGGUGUCGCACAGGAUCGUGGACUCGCCCUGCGUGCUGGUCACGGGCGAAUACGGCUGGUCGGCGAACAUGGAGCGCAUCAUGAAGGCCCAGGCGCUGAGGGACACGUCGAUGUCGUCUUACAUGACGUCCAAGAAGACGCUGGAGAUCAACCCGGAGAAUGCCAUCAUGGGUGAGCUGCAGAAGCGCGCCGAUGCGGACAAGUCUGACAAGACGGUUAAGGACCUGGUGCUGCUCAUGUUCGAGACGGCGCUGCUGACUUCGGGCUUCACGCUGGACGAGCCCAACAUGUUCGGCAGCCGCAUCCAUCGCAUGAUCAAGCUGGGCCUGUCCAUUGACGAGGACGAGGAGCUUGUGGACGCGGACCUGCCAGACCUCGAGGAGGAGGCAGACGAGGGGUCCCGUAUGGAGGAGGUGGACUAA